ACGACGCAUUCAGGUCUCGGCUCUUCGUGUCUCUCUUUUCCUGGCCUAUAUAUACAUGUAUAUCUACAUAAUUCCCUCUAUCGAUCUGGGCACGACUACCGUUUCCUUUUAUAGAGCCCUGAGAUCUCUAUUCUCUAAGCUGCUACUGAUUCAGAGCAAACUAUAGCUUCUUGCAACAUUUGGGAGUGGGAAUCAAGCGAUACAAAAUUUAGUUCUGCUUGGACAAAGAAUUUGGAAUAGGACAUAAAAUGAGGUAAAAUGCAUGAUUCCGCUGGUGAUGAUGAGCAAAAUAAGGUAUGAUGCGAAGACAGGUUGUCUGGAAGAGGAUCUUAAACUGUCUAUGCAAUGUCUUCUAGUAAGAGUACUUUGCAAGGGCAUGAUGAUAAUGGAGUUCAGAAACAAAGCCCUGGUUUUGUAAACAGGCAUAAAAUUGAAACACAACUUUCCACAAGGAAUUUGAAAGGAGAUGUUGAUUUUAGUCAUCUCGAAGACCGAGAUGCUAUGGAACUAUAUUCGCGAGCCAGAGUGCAGCAAGAGGAGAUUCAUUUUCUUCGUGAACAAAUUUCUCUUGCACGUGUGAAGGAAAUGCGGCUGUUGAAUGAGAAGUAUGCAUUGCAGAGGAAAUUCUCUGAGUUACGAAUGGUUUGUUCAUCUCUUUGA